AUGACUAGUAAAAUGGCUGGUGAUACAAGAUCGCACACAAACCCUGAGCAGGAUGGUAUGACCGAACAGCAAAAGUUACAACAUCAAUUACAAGUUUUCCAAAACUCACUACCAAAGGUAAAUCAGAUUGCAUUCCAGAUGUUGUUGAAUGAGAUGGUUCCACUUGCAGUCUCGGUGGAGAAUAAACUAAUAAAUUCCGAGAUCAAAGGCACUCCAAAGCGAAACUCCAGUGAAUUAGAAGAAAUGAUCACUAACGUACAUAUCACCGCACCCUUGGAUAAACCAUCUCAUAAGUUAUGCCAACAGCUAUAUGAAGCAAAUGAUGGAACCAGAGAAAAGAUACUUGAGAGACUGAGGUCUAUGGGAAAUCAAAUAGGUAACAAGUUGACAGAAUUACUGGUGUUUAGUAACAAUCCGAAUCUAGUUUUCAAAGACAUGGACCUGCUAUCGGUUAUGAAGUUCAUAUGCCGUGAUGUAUGGAAACAGUUCUAUGGCAAGCAGAUUGACAAUUUAAAAACGAACCACAGAGGAACAUUCUAUCUGCUGGAUUAUGAAUAUCGACCAAUCCAGACGUUUGCAUUGGAUGAUCAAUCGACAGAAGAAGAAUUGGCAAUGAUAAAGCCCUUCUUCGAAAUCCCAGUCGGGCUAAUCAAAGGAGUGCUGUCGUCGCUAGGCUACAAAGAGGAAGAAGUAGUAUGCAUGGCGUCGUACAUAGAUCGUCCGACUGAUCGUCCCAAAUCAACCUUUAAUAAGGGAGUUAGCUUCCACGUUCAGGUGAACAUGCAGUAG